GGUUGGUAAAGAAAAAGAGCCAAGCUAAAUCAGUUCAUUAGUAAGGGCAGCAGCAAGGUUAUAGAAAGUCCUGCAAUCAAUCAAUCAAUGGGUGGGAUGCGCUGUGUCCGGAUGUUGUGUGAGCUUAGGAUGUUUCCUGUUCAAAAUCGGAAUACGGAAACGAUCACUGUGCGUGUGUGUGUGUGUAUGUCUAUUUGCCUACAUAUAUCUCUGUGUGUGUGUGUGCAUACUAAUGAAUGUCUAAAAUUGUUGCAUCAGAUGCAGAAAAUCUCAAAUUAGCGAGGCUGUAUUUUCGGCAAGGCGAUAAUUAGAUUAGACACAACAUUCGAAUCAAAUUGUAUUAAAUCGUCGCUGUUCAUUUCAAAAAGCAAAAUCAAAGAUCAGUUCCAAUACGUAAGCUCGCGUCUGCUUGAUGGGCUGUUCCUUAGCAGUGAGCGAACCAGACCCCCCCUCAGAAAGGCCAAAGAAGAUAGUCCCAGGCGUCUGUUCCAUCCCCUUCGCAGAAGCAUUAGUACUUUAUUUAAAGGCAGAAAAGGCGUUUCUUUUUUUUUAAACUAAUUCCGGUUCCGGUUUUCCCAGUUAGUUAAUGUGGUGUUUAAACCGAUAUGGCUACAUGUUACGAGCACAUGUUCGACUUUAGGGAGAAACGUUUGUACGAUUGUAUGUAUGUGUGUGUGUGUGUGUGAUUGUAUGUGCGCAUUGUUAGACAAGUUUGUAAGCGCUCUGGCUCAAAUGGUAUAUGAUCGAUUUGGUUGAUGCUCCACCUAAUCCAUCCCUACCACCACAGCACGACAGUUGUUCGUUGCUUUCGAAAUAAAAAAAACCCUUUAUUGAAACAUUUAUUCCAACAAUAUAUCUACUCUCACCCGCCCAGUAUAUCAGUUAAGUGUUCGUUGUAAUGUAAGAGAGAAGUGAUGGAACAUUUAAACAAAACUGUUGUUAUGCUUCUCUGCCCAAGCAAGAAGUAACAAAGCGUGGGACAAACAGGAGUUACAUUUAAAUCUAAACCACGUGGUACGCACGCAAGAAACAAAAAACAGCGAGGUGCAAGCAGACAGGUACACUACAAUGGGAGAAUAUUUGAAUUAAUAACUAAGCACGUGAAUAUAGCGAAACAAAAGCGCAUCAAGGGGAUGGAAACAGGGCAGACAUAUUCGUCUGCCGGUUCGGGAUGGAUUAGAUGAAGGGAGUUUAUGAAACACUUUGUUGACAAUGGUUUUGAAAUACAAGCAAAAGAAAAGAAAACAAUGAAUACAUAGUACUUUAAGGGGAAUGAUAAGAAAUUACAUUAUUAUACAGUAUCGAUAGAAGCAAAAGGGAAAAAAGAAACCCCAAUCAAUAAAGACUCUCGAGGUAGCUAAAGCGUAACCGGAACUCAGCGGAAGGAAACGAUGGUUGUUUUGUUCCGCAGAUCAUGCAAACAGGACCUUCCACAGGCCUUGAAAUCGGACACAUUUUCUAUCGACGGUAUCAAUAAGCCCUGAGAACCUGGGAUCCAGCAGCAGCUAUAGCAGGUGGAAAGGGAAGCCAAUCAUUUCUCCAUUGCUCCCGGUGUACCACCGGGCUUACCCUUAAACUGUACAUCGUCCACCAAACCCUUUUCCCGAAUGUACUUCAAAUAAUAAAACCAAACCUCCCGUUUUACCGUGCAACUGUUAAUCUUUGCGGUGUACAGAAUGGAGCGAGGCGUGGAGUGAAGAUCGUACGCAUCGUGAAAGAACUGCUUAGAUCAAAGUAACCAUAGAAAAGAGUUGAGAGGUUCUAGUCUCUAGUGUACAAAGCUCUAGUGCUAGAAGUGUGCGCCGCGUGUGUGUGUAUGUGUGUUUUAUACCAAGCAAAAGGACCUAUUCGAAAUCAAGAUGAGAACCAAAUUUCCCUGCGACGAUAAUCCACACGCACAGCACGAUCGUCUGUUGGCGGUUUGGAAGACGUGCGAAAAAAUACGACCUCUGCUCGAACCUGUCGCCGAAAAACUGCGCCUUCAGUUCCAGCACGAGGAUGCGUGCCACUCCGGAACCAUACCGGUGUGUGCGUUUGCUAACAUACUCUUCUGCCAGCUGGGCGAUACGCUCAGCAAGGUGGAAGUGUGUGAAAUGGCGGAAUAUUUCAGCGCUACGGCCGGGCGUACGUCGUACGAUCAAUUUUGUGAUGUGCUGUUUGGUGAAGUCAAGCCGGACGGAUGGACAAACUCGCCCGAUCGUCUGUCCGUGUACGAGCAUCGCAAGCUAGCCCUGAUCCUGAUGUCGAUAGCCAAAGCAUUGCGCUUCCGGGAACAGGUGCUCACGCCUUACUUUGAGGACUAUUCACUGGCGACUGGCGGUUCGGGUGCGUUCUGCACGUUCCGGUACGCCACCCGUGUGCUCUAUUUCCUAGGCGUAACGCUUGCGAAGCCCGAUACCGAGCUGCUUGCCAAACGGUUCUCUACCGACGGUCACAACUUCCACUACAAGACAUUCAUCGACGAAAUUGAUCAACUGUUUCGGUACUUGGAUGCGCACGAUGGUGCACUCGAUCGGGAAAGGGACGAUGCGGCCGUUCCUCCCAAAGUAAUACACACCCAACUGCCCCAAGUGGAUCGUUCCGAUAUUGGAUCCGCAUCGAUGGCUGACCUGAUCGGCAAGCGCGUUGCGUUCCAUCCCUGUUUGGAACCACCUCGCAAGGACUAUGGUCCGGAAGAGCUACUGUUGCGUAUACAGCGCCACGUAUGGAACAGCUCUAUCAACAUGAAAGAGUUUUUCCAACAGUACGACCAACUACGAUGUGGUUGGGUGGCUAAAAGUGUAUUCAUUCGCUGCCUGGAUGCGAUCGGACUUUCGGCCCUUGAUCGGUUGCCAUUAAGUGAGAGAGAAAUCAAAAUGCUCUGUGAGCGUUACGCCGACCGGAAAGAUACUUGCAAAAUUCAGUGGACAACGUUUGUGGAUGAAAUUAAUCGUGUGUUUACCGAACGCCAUCUCGAUAAAGGGACCUUCAAACCGAUCGAAAGCCCACCUCAACCGGUGAAGAACCUACCAAACGCCGGGAGACAACAGCUUGCGCUGGAAGUGCUCACCGAAGCGCAGCGGCUUGUUGCACGGAUAAAGGAUAAAGUUACCUGCCAACGACUGUUGAUCGAGCCGACGUUUAAAGAUUUCGAUACACAUCGUAAUGGGCACGUUAGCUGCAGCCAGGCUCGGGAAGUAUUUUCGAUUUGCGCAAUACAUCUGACGGAGCAGGAAUCGUAUUUGCUCGAUAGGUUGUACGAAGACGCAAAGGGAUUUGAUUACGAUCAGUUUCUGAAAGACAUCGAAGUGAUUGCACCUCCCACAGCGGGGGGUAUGCAGGCGUACCGGAAAGUGAUCGAGAGUAUCAACAAGGACCCGGUGGGUCAGCAGGAACCGAUGCCUUGGGAAAAAGAUAUCGUACGGGUGUUGGCAAAAGUGAAGGCACAAGCUGUAAAGCGUCGGAUACGAUUGGUUGACUUUAUGCAAGGAUUUGAUCCGCUAAACCACCACCGUAUCAGCGCUGUGCAGUUUUGUAGAGGACUUGCAACGGCCAGUGUUCAGCUGAGUCCGAACGAGAUGCAACUGCUAUGUGAAUAUUUCCGCACGCCUACCUGCCAGACGGUGGACUAUAAACGGUUUUGUGACACGAUUGCGGAAGUUGACUAUCAACCGUACCUCGAGCGGGCACCGCUGUUGGUGCCGUGUAGCCAUUUCCCGGCCGACGAACAGCCGGUGAAUUUCUUAAACUUUAACGAGCGUACCAUCAUUUCCAAGGUGCUACAGAAGCUGGCCCGGCAUGCGGAUAUUGUGUCAAAUUUGGGUGCGCUGUUGAAGGAUUUCGAUGCACAAAACGUUGGCCACGUGGGACGGAACAAAUUUCUGCGAGCGCUAGCGACACGUGAUUUGCAUACGCGCAUCUCGAGCCGUGAGUUCGAAGCGAUUUGUAAAUAUUUUGCGGUCGAAGUUGGAUAUCGGCAGGAAGUAAACUACCGUGCGUUCCUGGAAGCAUUGGAUUAUUUGUACACGAAUCGAGAAGUUCAUCCGUUUUAAUAUAGACAGGCCAAAUUAGCAUUUUCCAUUAUUAAAAAUUCAUUUAUUUUUGAACAAUUUGCU